AACUCGACGGCAAGGAGGAACUCGCAGCUGAGGAGGGAGAGCGCCGACUCAAGAUGGCCGCCGCCUUGCUUCCCGGCCUCCUGCUGCUGGCGCUGAGCCGAGGCCUCCCUCUGGCCGCGGCCGAGACAGAAGCCCUUCCUCUCGGCUUGCCUUCCAUCAAGUAUCUGAAGCCCAGCCAGAACUCUACCAAAGUCACCUUUCAUAUCUUCGCAAACCAAAUAAUUAACAAUGUAACCCAUUCCCUUGAUGAAAAGUGGUAUGCAGUCGAACUUUCCAAGAACGAAAACCGAACCUUAGUUCUCCGUAUCCUACCUGAUGUCGACAAUAACUUCACCUGCUGCACAGACGAGAAACUGAGAAAUUUCCAUGCGUCCUAUGAGGGUAAUGUCCAAUGGAGUGAAACGUGUCCUGAGGAUUUUACUGUGUACUGCCCGGGUACAGAAUCAGCUACCAACGAUCACCACAACUCAGACGCUAGUUCAACCCAAUACCAAGACACCAAACCUACUCAUACAGCUUCGGAUACUGGAAACUCGACCACACAGGAGCCUAAAGAAGAUUCAUCUAUGGAAAUGAUCCUGUGGAUUACAUUGCCCACAGUAAUAGGUAUAACCACGAUUUUGGUGGUGUCUGUGGCUUGUUGCCUGUACAAGAAUUCGAGGGAGGAUCAGCCACUGUCGGAUGCAAGCGACCCACCAAGAAGCGAGUUGAAUAUUGGGGUGGAGUCUGUGGAGGAAGAAGCAGUCUAACUUGAGAAGAAGAAUCAAUCUGACUUAAUCCAACCACCAUGGAUUUACGUUCUGACCCAUGUAGGAUUUUUGUGAAUGUUGUUACAUACAGAUGGCUCCACAUGUACUCAGCCGGCAAGGGGUCUAUCAAUAGGCCCCAGUGACCGAUCCUGAUUUCCCCAUUCCUUGAAUUGGCGGGAAAAUGUGUUUUCUUUUUAAUACAAUUCAUAUCGAUACUGUUAUUAUUGUUAUUGAUGUUAUGAUUAUUGAAUUGUUAUUUAAAUCUUGGUAACAUUUAAGACAAUAAAAUAAUACAAAAGACCCUUUCCAAAAGUCAAGGAAAAGGGUAAACAUGUGAGAUAGGACUAGUAACUGACUCCUUGGUGAUUAAACACUUGUAGAGCCAUCUAUAUGUAAAUACAAUAAAUAAAAUUUAUAUUACAGUGGGCAUGGCAUGUAUUCCUGACAUCCGUGACGACUGGGUUAAGAGAUAAGAAUUAGGGUAACUUGAGGAGGAACGUCUAACUUACAGAAGAUGGAAUUAGUUUCACUUGAGGAUGAGCAAUCAGUCUAAGAAAUAUCAGUCUAGGGUCAUUACUCUAGCUGGAUAGUCUUACAAACCAUAUGAUUCUUUGAUUUGGAUGUCUAUAUAGUGUGUGUCUUUUAUUCUAAAAUUUGUUUUUUAUAUCCUGAUUUGAUUAAUGCAUACGUGCUUAUUAUAAUAUAACAGUAAGACCAUUACAUCUGUAUCACUCAGUGAAUGUAUUAGGAAUAUAAUUAUAUUAGUUUUUAAGUUCUUCGCCUAUGUUUAUGUUUAUAUUUUAAAUGUAUAUUUUUGUUCAUAUUAGCAUGCGGUAGUAACACUA